AUGUGUAAGUACAACAAUAUAGUUAAUUGGGAUGAUUCUGCUGCUAAAGAAGCAUUUGACAAUGCAAAAAGUAGGUUUUGGGCAGAUAUCAAUGGCCUUCCUUGCAACAUACCUUUUCCUGAUCCCGACAUGUACAUUGACGAUAUUGACUGGAAUUCCAGUGUUGACCCUGAGCUUCUUCUGGACUUGGAUAACGUCACAACAUUUCCUAGUCAAGAAGAAAGUAAUAAGGGGGUUGUGAUCUUUGGUGAUGCUCCCUUUUUGGAUCAAUCAAUUCCAUGCAGUGGAUGGGAUGAACCUGAAAAAGAUGCACUGAAACCCGCUGAAUUCGUUUCUGGUGCUCAAGUUAAUCUGCAUGAAAAUAAAAAUGUGACUCCUCGCGAACAAGAUGAUGUGCCUUAUUAUGCUGCCAAAGAAUCUAAACGGCAGAAAUAUGGGAAUGAUAGUCUUGGAUGGAAUCAUAGGCAACACAGUCAUAUAGGAGGUAGCUGGAAUAAGAGAAAAUUGUAUGGGGAUCGCACAAAGGAAGAAUGCAUGGCACGUGGUAAAUGA